UGCCGGCCCCCGCCUGCGCGCGCGGGCUGGGCGUGGCCUCCCGGCGCGCGCGCUCCGACGUGGGGCUAUAUAAGGCGGCGGCGGGGACUGCAGCGUUCAGACCACGCGACCCAGACAGACCCGAGCCCCGGAGGUUCCUGCUUCAACAGUGUUUGGACGGAACCGCCGCCGCCGCUCGGACCCCCCCCCCCCCGCCUCCGACCUUUGUAUCCUCUCGGCUCCCGUCGCAGCAGCAGCAGCAGCGCCAUGUCUUCGUCUCCUUCCCAGGUGCGCCAGAACUACAACCAGGACUGCGAGGCGGCCGUCAACCGCCAGAUCAACCUGGAGCUCUACGCCUCCUACGUGUACCUCAGCAUGUCUUUCUAUUUUGACCGGGAUGAUGUGGCUCUAAAGAACUUUGCCAAGUAUUUCCUGCACCAGUCCCACGAGGAGCGUGAGCAUGCUGAAAAACUCAUGAAGCUGCAGAACCAGAGGGGUGGUCGCAUCUUUUUGCAGGACAUCAAGAAACCUGAUCGUGAUGAUUGGGAGAACGGGUUGACAGCAAUGGAGUGUGCCUUGCACCUGGAAAAGAAUGUGAACCAGUCACUCCUUGAUCUGCACAAGCUGGCAACUGACAAGAAUGACCCUCAUUUGUGUGACUUCAUUGAAACCCACUACCUGGAUGAGCAGGUGAAGGCCAUCAAAGAACUGGGUGACCAUGUGACCAACCUGCGCAAGAUGGGGGCACCCAAAUAUGGGAUGGCAGAGUACCUCUUUGACAAGCACACCCUGGGGGACAGUGACAGUGAGAACUAAAGCCUCAGCAUAGGCCACCCCUGGGUUUCAGUAGGUCUCCUAGCUUGCUACCCAGCAGUGCAUGCAUCUACUGUUGGAUAAUGUCAUUCUGUACCAAAAAAACUCUCCUUUGUGUUUGUAACACCUUACAUCCAAUAAAGUGACUUGUUUCAGGUU